UGCAAACUCCAUCCAUACAGACACUGGUGAAAUACCACGUUAGAAACGGUUACGAAGGGAAAGUACAGUAUCACAGGUAGCAUAGUCAUAUAUUGUAUGAAUGUAAAGAUAGGAUGAAGAAAGUAGUGUUGGUAACCGGUGCAAACAGUGGUAUUGGCCUUGCUCUGUGUGAGCGUCUAUUAAGCCAGGAUGCCCAGCUGCAGCUCUGUCUGGCCUGCAGGAACAUGCAGAGAGCUGAGGCUGCCCGACAGACUCUUCUAGUGUCUCACCCUCAAGCUCAGGUUACUCUGCUGCACUUAGAUGUGGGCAACAUGCGCUCUGUGCUCAGUGCUGCUGAGGAGUUCAAGCAGAAGUACAACAGAUUGGACUAUUUGUAUCUCAAUGCUGGUAUCAUGCCUAAUCCCAGGGUAGAUCACAAAGCCUUUUAUAAAGGCCUGUUUUCUAGUAAUGUGGUUCGCAUGUUUGCCACGGGGGAGGGUCUUCUGACCCAGGAAGAUAAGGUCACACCCAAUGGUUUGCAGGAGGUGUUUGCCACUAAUCUUUUUGGUCAUUUCCUUCUGGUGAGAGAACUGGAGCCCAUAUUGUGUCAGAUGGACCACAAUUCUCUAGUGAUCUGGACAUCCUCCAGUAAUGCCCAGCGAUCGGCUUUUAGUCUAGAUGACAUACAGCAUCAGAAAGGCCGUGAGCCCUACAGCUCCUCGAAAUAUGCGUCUGAUCUACUUAGCUUAGCCCUAAACCAUCACUACAACAACCGUGGUUUGUACGCAUCAGUGAUCUGUCCUGGGCUGGUCAUGACUAACCUCACCUAUGGCAUUCUACCAUCAUUCUUCUGGACUCUCAUCAUGCCUAUAAUGUGGCUUAUAAGGAUAUUCACCAGCACUUUUACCCUCUCACCUUACAAUGGAGCAGAGGCUUUGUUUUGGCUGUUCAUGCAGAAACCUGAGUCACUGGACCCGAUGGCCAAAUACCACAGUUUGACCUCUGGACUUGGAAACAAUUACACUCAGCCACACAAGGGCAAAGUCUUUUUUAUGGCUCAACUAAUAGUGAUAGUUUAG